UCCACCCUCCAAAAAAAACUCUAUUUACAGACUUUCACAAAACGCUUUUUUGCCCUAUAAGUCCCUUCUGUAACGGCUUCUAAAAGCUCUCUGUGUCCCUAGGUUCUGAUUUCCUGGGCUUGAUCGGUUCCAGAAUUUGCCUAAUUUCUUCAAAGAUCUAUUUCUUGGGUUUCAGGGCGAAUUAGGGCGAAAAAUCUGUAAAGAUCGACCCUUAUUUUGCCCCGAAGCUUAAUUUCUAGGGAUCUAAGGGAAUUUAGGGCAAAAUUCUGGUGAAGAUCGACCUGUUCGACUCUAGAAUUUGAUUCUAGUGGUUUGGUGGAAAUUAGGCUGAAUUGCAGCGAGGGUUGGUGUUUAUUUGUUCCUUUUGGUUCAGAGAUCGAGUGCUUGGGUUUUUGGAGAGAAAGUAGGCUUUGAAAAUGAGCUUCCAAGACCUAGAAGCUGGAAGGCCUUUUACUAAGAGGACAGGAAUGGCUAAUGGAAAGCAGGAGCCUUCUCAGGCUGUAGCGGCUGGGGUUUUUCAGAUUAAUACUUCAGUUUCGUCAUUUCAGAGGCUUGUUAAUACCCUCGGCACGCCAAAGGACACACCAGAGCUUCGAGAGAAGCUGCAUAAGACAAGGCAACACAUUGGCCAGUUGGUGAAAGAAACAUCUGCUAAACUAAAAGCCGCUAGUGAAACUGAUCAAUAUACUGAAGUUAGUGCCAGCAAAAAGAUAGCUGAUGCUAAGCUUGCGAAGGAUUUCCAAGCAGUUUUAAAAGAGUUUCAGAAGGCUCAGCGGAUGGCAGCAGAGAGAGAAACUGCAUAUACUCCUUUUGUUCCCCAGGCUGUUCUUCCGACAAGCUUUACCGCAAGUGAGCUAGACAUAAGUCCAGACAAAACUCCUGAACAGCGGGCUCUUCUUGUGGAGUCCAGAAGACAAGAGGUCUUGCUACUGGAUAAUGACAUAGCAUUCAAUGAUGCCGUCAUUGAAGAGAGGGAGCAAGGGAUUCAGGAGAUCCAACAACAAAUCGGUGAAGUGAAUGAAAUUUUCAAGGAUCUUGCCGUUCUGGUUCAUGAGCAAGGGGUUAUGAUAGACGACAUUGACUCCAAUGUUGAGGGCUCCUACUCUGCGACUGCACAGGCGAAAUCCCAGCUUGCAAAAGCAGCCAAAACCCAAAAAUCAAAUUCCUCUCUGACAUGCUUGCUAUUGGUGAUCUUUGGUGUGGUUCUACUCAUUGUGAUUAUAGUCUUGGCUGCUUGAUUGGCUUAAUUCUUUUGUUGGAUCAUUUCUUAACCAAGAAAGGAAAAAAUCAAGUUCCAUUGGGUGGCACGGGAUCGGAGCUCAAAGCCAGUGCUCUCCUGUUAUUAUUGUUCUCUUCAUUCGGGUGCAAAGUUCUGAUCCUUCAUGUCACCUGUUUCAGUUUUAAUGUUUAUGAUUUUCUUGUGUAGCUUUUGAAAUCUGAGUUAUAUAAGUAACCAUGAGUGGAAAUUUGGUUGCAUGUCUUCUUAUGGAGGUUUGGGGUUGUGCAAGUUUUCUGUGUAUUCGUUUCUUACUUGUUGAUAAUCCAGUCUCAAUUCUGUUCAGUAAACAGGGACUAACAAUGGUUUGAAG